CUCUCUCUCUCUCUCUCUCUCUCUCUCUCUCUCUCUCUCUCUCUCUGUUUUCUCUCUUUCACAUGUGGGUCACCAAAGACCCAGCUUCUUAAAGCAAAGGAAAAAACUUCAAUAGGGUUUUCUUGCAUAACCCACCAAGCCGGCCCUUCAAUAUAUCCCCCCAUGCUCCUCUUAUGGAAAAUACAUUGACAUAUGUUUCACAAUAUUUUAUCACCCUUGUCCUUGAAUAUAAUUGUAAAGUCUGAUCAAAUACCUCAAUCUCAAUUUCUUCUUUUUUUCCUUCACUUUAUUAUUCACCUCUCAUGGACUUCAACCAAAGUAAGUUCACAAAUAACUCUUGGGAUGAUCAUCACCAGCACCACCCUCAUCUUGAUCAUCACAUAGCCAUGGAAGAGCAAAUCCUUCAUGAUCAUCAUCAUCACCACCAUCUUCCAUUAACUGCCCUCCCUCAAUUCAGCAGCUUUCCUGAUUUCCAAACAAACGACCAGCAUCAUCAACAUGAAUUCACUCCAUCAUUAACCCAGCUGAUCAUUCCGACGGGUUCCAUCUUAUCGGGGGAGCAUGUUGGGAAUCAGGUUGUGGAAGAUGAGGAUGAGCCGGAGGACGAGCUUGGGCCGAUGAAGGAGAUGAUGUACAAGAUCGCGGCGAUGCAACCCGUGGACAUCGACCCUGCGACCAUCCGGAAACCGAAACGAAGGAACGUGCGGAUCAGCGACGAUCCCCAGAGCGUGGCAGCCCGUCACCGGAGAGAGAGGAUAAGCGAGAAGAUCCGAAUCCUCCAGAGAUUGGUCCCUGGAGGAACCAAGCUAGACACGGCCUCGAUGCUAGACGAGGCCAUUCGGUACGUGAAGUUCCUGAAGAGGCAAAUCCGUAUGCUACAAUUGAAUCAGAACACCCCGACAAGCCCCAUGUUCAAGACAGGGCUGCCGAGUUUCCUUUCGACCUCUUCUUCCAUGGGAGCAGAGACAGAGUCACGGUUCGACUUCCGAGUCAGUUGCGUCGAUGACGCCAGCUUUUGUUUUAACAAUAGCGAGGUAAUAAGUCAUCAAUAACUACAACGAGAGUAUGCUUUAUUUAUGAGUUGUUAACAAUUUAAUUAACUCGACAAAUUAUUAUUACUGAAAAUUGUGUAACUUGGUUUUAGUUAUAUUGUUUAGGGUUUAUAUGUAUGAGAACCCUCCAAAAUGGUCUUCGAACAUAAUGUUGUUGACUUGGGCGGACCUUCUCCGCUUGGACAUUUUAUCCUAACGGUUAUAGCUUGAAUUACGUACGAACAAAUAAUAUAUAUAAAAUUUUUGCUCAUCAAAUUAAAAAUUUCUUGUGUUAUCUUUUCUAUAUUAUAUGUUUUAUGUUUAUAAUAAUAUUCUAUGAGA